UAAUAGGACGGCGGGAGAGAGCUCGGGGUUUCUUAAUACGCAUGCGUCCAAUCUCUCUCUGUGACGCAAGUGGGGCGGGGCCGACAACAGGGUGCGCGUGCGCAGAGCUUGCUGGAAGGGCUUUAUUUAGCCUGCGCAGGCGCCCGCUUAUCAUUUCUCCUCAGCCACGCCGAGGCUUUGUGUGGAGCCCUGCAAUCUGUGUGGACGCCAGGACCACCGAAGGGACGAUGAUGCUGGGAGCAGAAGGCGGAGAGGGCUUCGUGGUGAAGGUCCGGGGCUUGCCCUGGUCCUGCUCCGCGGAUGAAGUACAGCGCUUUUUUUCUGGUGAGUUGAGGCGGGAGUUGUCAGUGGGGCCCGCGGCUGGGCCGGGCCGGGCUGGGGCGGGGCGGGCCUCCCGGGCGCCCCCUAGCGAGUCGCGGCCACCAGCGGUUUCCCCAGGAGGCUCGCGUUCUGUUGGCCGCUGUUACGCAAUGGUAAUUGCGAAAUCCGCACCCCCCAACCCCCUUGGGGAUGCUGGUGGCCCUGCUGAAUUUCUGUGUCCUGACACAGCCAAUGAUGGCUUUGUACGGCUUAGAGGACUCCCUUUUGGAUGUAGCAAGGAAGAAAUUGUUCAGUUCUUCUCAGGGUUGGAAAUCGUGCCAAAUGGGAUAACAUUGCCGGUGGACUUCCAGGGGAGGAGUACGGGGGAGGCCUUCGUGCAGUUUGCUUCACAGGAAAUAGCUGAAAAGGCUCUAAAGAAACACAAGGAAAGAAUAGGGCACAGGUAUAUUGAAAUAUUUAAGAGCAGUCGAGCUGAAGUUAGAACUCAUUAUGAUCCACCACGAAAACUUAUGGCCAUGCAGCGGCCAGGUCCCUAUGACAGACCUGGGGCUGGCAGAGGGUAUAACAGCAUUGGCAGAGGAGCUGGUUUUGAGAGGAUGAGGCGUGGUGCUUAUGGUGGAGGCUAUGGAGGCUAUGAUGAUUAUAAUGGCUAUAAUGAUGGCUAUGGAUUUGGUUCAGAUAGAUUUGGAAGAGACCUCAAUUAUUGUUUUUCAGGAAUGUCUGACCACAGAUAUGGGGAUGGUGGCUCUACUUUCCAGAGUACAACCGGACACUGUGUACACAUGCGGGGAUUACCAUACAGAGCUACUGAGAAUGACAUUUAUAAUUUUUUUUCACCACUCAACCCUGUGAGAGUACAUAUUGAGAUUGGACCUGAUGGCAGAGUAACUGGUGAAGCAGAUGUUGAGUUUGCAACCCAUGAAGAUGCAGUUGCAGCUAUGUCAAAAGAUAAAGCAAAUAUGCAACACAGAUAUGUAGAACUCUUCUUGAAUUCUACAGCAGGAGCAAGCGGUGGUGCUUACGAACACAGAUAUGUAGAACUCUUCUUGAAUUCUACAGCAGGAGCAAGCGGUGGUGCUUAUGGUAGCCAAAUGAUGGGAGGCAUGGGCUUGUCAAACCAGUCCAGUUACGGUGGCCCAGCCAGCCAGCAGCUGAGUGGUGGUUAUGGAGGUGGCUACGGUGGCCAGAGCAGCAUGAGCGGAUAUGGUAGCCAAGGAGCAGUGAGCAGCAGCUACUACAGUAAUGGAAGCCGAGCAUCUAUGGGCGUGAAUGGAAUGGGAGGGAUGUCUAGCAUGUCUAGUAUGAGUGGUGGAUGGGGAAUGUAAUUGAUUUUGAUCACUGACUCUUGGUCAAAAAGAAAUUUUUUUAAAAACCCCUCAGUUUAACAGAUUUUGCAAUCCAUCCACCCUUGUGGUUUUAUGCCUGCUCUUAAGUGAACAUUGGCAUCGCUCAAAGAAGGUUCAAUGUUGAACAUAGCAGUCACCUAGGAUGAUAGAGCAAAGUUGAGUGAACUGUAACUGUUAAACUUAAUUCCUAGCUUUUCUCUAGUUACUGUAGGAUGUACGUAAGCAGUAAGUGUAUUUAGGUUAAAGCAGUUGAAUUAUGUUAAAUGUUGCUCUUAUACAUACAUUGAACACUGUUGAUGCAUGUUGAAAAAACAUGCUUUUUUUGUAAAACUAUAGGAGCUGCGUCUACAAUUAAAAAGUGAAACAUUUGGCAUGUUUGUUAAUUCUAAAUUCAUUUGAUAACCUGUAAGGCACGUGAGUUUAAAGCUUUUUUUUUUUUUUUUUUAAGUUAAUGGAGAAGUUUUGAAAGGUAAUACCAUUAUUUUUUAGGAUUUUUGGUCUUAGUGUUUGUAUGAAAUUCUGAGGCCUUGAUUUAAGUCUUUCAUUGUAUUGUGAUUUCUUUUUAGGUGUAUUGCGCUAAGUGAACCUUGUCAAAUAAAUCUUCCUUUUAAAAGCUGCA